UGGCUUUGCCAAAUACAGGAAACCAAACACUGCAGUUUAAUGAACCAAGAGAAAUGAGAAACACAGAGUAGAUACGCAGAACAAAUUCACAAAGAAGAAUAUAAACAGCCCACAAAAACCCUGAAAGUCAUGGAAGCUCAACAAUUUUGGCACCUUUCUUUCAUGUCGACUUGGAUAUUUGUCUUUUUCUUCCCUUCUGUAUGCUCAGGAAUGGACACACCAAAAAUAGACCUGGAAAGCACAGUCUUUGUGGCCCUUGCAGGCGAAGACCUCAAAAUUAAAUCUACCUUGAAGGUGCCAGCAAACCAAAGUAGCGACAUCCUGACGUGCCAGUCCAAUAAUCUCAACAGACAGAUAUACAGCUGUGACGUCGCUGCGACGGCUGGCCAGCCAAAAGAUUUUGAACUGACAUUGGAGCUGAAAAACCUGAGUUCAGGAGAAUACUAUUGCCAAUAUAAAACAGCCAAGGUGUACUGGUUUGUUCGAGUGAGAAAUGAGGGCUACAUAAAGCUCGUAAUGUUGGAUUACACAGAAUUCAUCAUAGUUGCCGUCUUCACUGCUGUGCUGCUGGUUUUCAGUGUGGUCGGUUCGAUGUGUGUCUUCAGGGGACAUUGGAAAGAACGCAUCACUAAAGGUGGCGACACCAGCAGAAAACGAAAGCAGAACAGAGAAGAAAGGAAGGAGAGAAAGACAGAGGAAGACAACAUGGAUGUGAUAACUGCUCAGUCUACGUCUUUCUAUGCUAGUCUAGAGCCUCGGCCCAAGUCCAUUUAUGAUGUGCUGGACCACUCGGCUGCCAACAAAGAGCCAGACCAAAGCAAAGCUAAACCCAAGAAAAACAAACCCCCAAAAACGAUGGCGCAAACCACACAACCCAAGCAGGAAGAUGUAUCUGAGUCUGUCUAUGAGAAUUUUUGAGUCUUAAAAAAGUAUUUAUAGCAGUCGCUGAGAUGAUCUCACUUUGUUUUGCUGUGUCAUUGUCACCUGUUACCAGUGGCAGAAAAUGUAUGUAGAUUCUUUAAAAGUAAAAGCAAAAAAGUAAAAAUACUGAGGUACAUGUAAAUUUAUUAAGUAAAAAUACUAAAAUACUAUCAGAGAAAUGUACUAAAAGUAAAAAUUCAAAAGUACUCACUAUGCAGGCAAAAUGGCUUCUAUCAGUGUUACAUUAUAAUGCAUUAUACUGUUGGGUUAUUAUUAUGGAUGCGUUAACAUGUAACAAGCAUUUUAAUGUUGUUGCUGGUUGCGGUGGAGCUAACUAGUUUAUUACUGUAAAACAAUGCUUUAUAUAUUUUUAAAAUGUGAAUCUGCAAAGUAACUAUAGUGGUCAAAUAAAUACACAAUAAAAUAAAGUACAGAAUUUCCAUCUGAAAUGUAGUGGAGUAAAAGUAUAAAAUAACAUGUAAAGUUUCUCAGAAUUGUACUUAAGUGCAAUACUUAAGUUAAUCUACUUAGUUAAUUUCUAAACAUUUCUGUCCCUGUUAUCUGUCUCAGUCUGACUUCUGUCUCGUGGUUUAAUUUUAUUUUAUUUGUAUUUUACAAUAUACAAAUAUUUGUAUAUAUGUUGUGUGUGUGUCUGUGUACUAUGAAGGGGCAACAACUUACAUUUCAUUUUGCAACCCUGUGUUGUAAAAUAACAAUAAAUGAACCUCGAUAC